GCGCGACUCAGAAGAUCGGUCUAGGUUUUUGAGUCUUCUUCUUCUAUCCUUCCCUGCCUGGUAUUAUACUAUUAUACCUCAACUCUUUCUUUCCCGCGGCUAGAAUGAGAAUGAUUCUCAAAUUCAGAGGGCAAAUUCUGCGCCACACGGGAAAUCGUUCGUUUUGUUCUCCUUCUUCCUCUACUAUGGAUAAGGUGUGCAGGGAGAUGUGCGAGAGUAUUCUGGAGCAAGUAAAGAAGGAUCCCUCCUACUUCACUUCUAAAAGGGUGGUGGAGGAUGUAGGAGGCAUUUGUAACUGGAGGAGCGGGCAGCCAGAUCCUGAAUGGCUGAAAGAAUAUGAGAAGGUUAUCUUCAAGGAUCCAGAGAGAUUAAAGUGUUUCAUAAUGCUUGCUCGGAAUGCUGGCUUUGACAAAGCUGAUCUAAAGGACUACGAAGCAGAGAGGGAUGAAGCCCUGAAGGAAAAACCUGCCGAUGGUUGAUAUUUACCUGCAAAGAAUAAAAGAAGGAUUUGGUUUUCGAGUUUAGUAAUCUUCUCUUAUUUAAAUCUGGACAUAUGCAAUUUCGCUUCAACUGAUAAGUAAAUAUUUAACUGACAGUAAAUCUUUAUAUGCUAGUAUAUAU